AAAACGUUUGGCGGUGUGCUGAGCUCGAACGAGCGAGUGAAUCCCCUCUUCCACAACUGGAACCUCGUGAGACUCAUAAAACGUUUGGCGGUGUACUGAGCUCGAACGAGCGAGUGAACCCCCUCUUCCACAACUGGAACCUUGUGCGACUCAUCUACUGUGACGGGGGCGGUUAUGCCGGCACAAGAGGGUGGAUCAACCUUACUGACACAAGGGGCUACCCUCAUCCGAGCGCCGCUGGCACCUUGCCGCAAUCAGUGAGGGUCGCCCCGGCAACGAAUGUGAGCUUGGAGGCGGAUGGGUCAACGGAGUCAAUGAGGUCAACGGGGUCAACCGGGUCAACGGGGUCAACGGGGCAAAACUUGCUGCUGAAUCAUCAUUCGGCCAUCUACCUGGACGGGUGGAACAUCAUUCGGGCUGUGCUGCAAGACCUCCAGCUACAGCGUAGCUUUGGCUCUGCCUCGCAAAUUUUGCUUUCGGGCAGCUCGGCCGGCGGGCAGGCCGCGGCAAACCUCUGUGAUUGGCUGGCCUCUUUGUUUCCGUCCGCAUCCACCCGGUGCCUUGUAGAUGCUGGCUUCUUCCUGGACACAAGGGAUCGCUUUUCAAGGCGCACCUUCCGUGCUUUGGCGCAGAAGUUGACAUCGCUGCAUCGUCCAGUCAACCCGACCUGGUCCUAUG